CAAUCAGUUGAGGCCAAUUUGUAUUUUUGCAAUUGCAUUAUAUUCAUCUUCUUUCUCGCUCAUACCACCAAAAAUGCCUUUUGCCCCUCUCUCCAACUUUCCCCUUAGAGAUCCUCUUUCUCUCCAACUAGGGUUUCCUCUCUAAACACAACAAAAGAAUCCCAAUAAUUGAAUUGAAAAUCUCCUUGAGUUUUUAAAUCUCUCCUUCUUAUAGUAAAGAUACAAACGAGAGAAACAAAGAAGAUCAAACCAUUCUGGGUAGAUAUCUCGAGCACUUUCUCUUGUUGCUCCAUUAAAAGGUAAGACCAAAGGGGAUAUAUAACCAAAAAUGUCAUCAUCGUAUUCGAACUACACAAACUCACCGUGCGCAGCAUGCAAGUUCCUCCGGCGGAAAUGCACGUCAGACUGCGUAUUCGCACCAUAUUUUCCACCAGAGGAACCUUUAAAGUUUGCGAACGUCCACCGGAUCUUCGGAGCAAGCAACGUGAGCAAGAUCCUCCAUGAAGUGGCCCCGCAUCAACGGGAAGACGCGGUGAACUCGCUGGCUUACGAGGCGGAGGCACGGCUAAAAGAUCCAGUGUAUGGCUGCGUUGGGGCCAUCUCGGUGCUUCAAAGAGAGGUCUUGAGGCUGCAAAGGGAGCUAGAGGAGACAAAUGUUGAUCUCAUGAGAUACGAUAGUUUUCUUGGCGGUGAGACGUCGGCUUAUGGGGGACGUAGAGGUUGACUGGUCAACGGGAUGUUGAUUAGCGGCGGAG